AAUCCUGGAGGUCUUGGUGAGCUUGAAUGAGGGUCAGUCUUUCAUGUCCAGCUCGCUAACCAUCACUGCUUCAGAGUGUUCCAGCGGCGUGGGAGCGCUCAUCGCGGUCCUCGUGCUCUUAUUGCUGGUGGCCCUCGGCCUGCUCUGGUGGUUCUGGCCCCUCUGCUGCAAAGUGGUCAUCAAGGAUCCCCCUCCAUCUCCGCCGCCCGCCCCGAAAGAGGAAGAAGAACAGGAGCCCUUGCCGACCAAGAGGUGGCCCACGGUGGAUGCUUCCUACUAUGGAGGACGAGGAGUUGGGGGAAUUAAGAGGAUGGAGGUGCGCUGGGGCGACAAGGGCUCCACGGAGGAAGGUGCCAGGCUGGAAAAAGCCAAGAAUGCCGUGGUGAAACUGCCAGAAGAGCCAGAAGAACCUUUCCACCCUAAAGCACCGAAACCAAAGCCUACCUCACCAGCCAUGCAGCAGAAGUGGUACACGCCCAUCAAG